AUAAAUCUACAUAACCUAAAAACCAUAUCAAAAACAUAACACUGAGUGAGAAGGGUUAAAAUGUUAUUUGAAGCUAUAAAAUUGUAUAAUUAAUUUGUAAGCUUCUAACAAGACAUAAUGGAAUUAGAAAUACUUCAAAAUUCUAAAGCCGAACCACUAAAAAAGACGACAAAGCUAUCAACUGUUGGAAAGACUUUAAUUUAUACCACAGGAGGUCUUGCACUAGGCGUUAGUAUUGUUUGUAUACCCUUCGUUUCGCCAGCCUUGAGGAAGGUUUGUUUGCCUUAUGUGCCAGCUACAACGGAACAGCUUGCUGGAGUAACCAAAGCAUUAGCUAACAGAAGUGGAAGAUUACUUGAUGUGGGUUCUGGCGAUGGCAGGAUUGUAUUCACAGCUGCGAAACUAGGAUUCAAAGCUGAAGGAGUAGAACUUAACCCGUGGUUAGUGUAUUAUUCAAGACUAGCAGCCUUGCUAAACCCUGCCCAUCGUGGCACCAAGUUUUACAGACGGAAUCUAUGGACAUUCGACUUAAAACCUUAUAACAAUAUUGUGAUCUUUGGUGUUGAGCAAAUGAUGGAAGAAUUUGAAAAGAAAUUGCUACAAGAAGCUAAUAAUGAAACAGUUAUAGUCGCCUGUAGAUUUCCACUUCCUAAUAUGACACCGACAGAAACUAUUGGACAUGGAGUAGACACAGUUUGGAAAUAUGUAAUUAAAAGCACAAAAUAACGUAAGGCAAUAUAAUU